AUGGCUUCCCGUGGAAAGUCAGAAACUGGCAAACUGAGACAGAAUAUGGAGGAGCAACUAGACAGACUGAUGCAGCAGCUGCAGGAUCUGGAGGAAUGCAGGGAAGAGCUUGAAGAAGACGAAUAUGAAGAGACAAAGAAGGAAACAUUGGAGCAGCUGAGUGAGUUCAAUGACUCGCUGAAGAAGAUCAUGACAGGAGACAUGACUCUUGUGGAUGAACUCAGCGGCAUGCAGCUGGCCAUACAGGCUGCCAUUAGUCAAGCAUUCAAAACUCCGGAGGUGAUCCGACUUUUUGCUAAGAAGCAGCCAGGACAGCUUAGAACCAGAUUGGCAGAGAUGGACCGUGACGUCAUGGUGGGGAAGCUGUCUCGGGGCGAUUACACUCAGCAGAAAAUGGAGGUGCUCACAGCACUAAGGAAGCUGGGGGAGAAGCUCACAAGCCAGGAUGAGACUUUCCUUGUCGAAAACGCCACAGCUACUCUGAACCAGUUUGAAAAAGUGACAACGGGAUCUGAAGAUAAAAUACUGGCAUUAGCAAGUUCUGGCGUUAAAACUAAAGCAUAG